AAAAUUAGUGCUGAUCUCAAAGAAUGUGCGCUAAACCUCUGGAACACAGGCUGGGACAUCAAGGAUGUUUGCGAUGCUCUGGGAAUCUCCCGCGCUAGCAUUUACCGCUGGGAAGCAAUUUUUGCAGAGUAUGGCGCUGUCAACCGUCCCCCUUUGCCAAUACGUGGCCAGCAGCUUCGUAUCCUCACCCGUGCUCUCAUGACAGCCUGUGAGGCCUUGUUUGCCGAAGAAUCAGACCUCUACCUCGACGAAGUUGUGACAUGGCUUGCUUUGACACAUGACAUCAGCAUUUCUGUCUCUACACUUUGCUGCAACCUCAAGGAAGCAGGACUCACACGGAAAUUACUCCACAAACUUGCUGCAGAAAGGGACAAGGAACGCCAUGAAGUGAGCAAGAAUGAGAUAACGUGGGCUCGCCAGUAUGGCAGAGCAAUGGCAGGUCGACGUGCAGCAUUGACAGAUGUCUUUGUCCGUGGAGAUCACUACUCACUCGUUGCAGCAAUUACAACAGAAGGCUAUAUAGCAGCUCACGCAGUUGAAGGCUCAUUCGAUAGCCAAAGCUUUUAUGAGUUUAUUGCAACAAAAGUGCUUCCAUAUAUGAACCCCUUCCCUGCAGAGAGGUCUGUGCUCGUGCUCGAUAACUGCCGCAUACACCACAAUGAAGAACUCUAUGACCUUGUCCGUGAU